AUGAUUUUCGUAUUGUUUAUGUCGUUGGAAGAAGUGCGUUGGAGCGUGCAUUGGAUUUCGAAAUUGAUGUUAUUGGCAAGCGAGGAGUCUUGGUUAGGCAAGCGCACGUUUGCGUGGCAUGGACAAACGAGUCCGCGAAGAGAAAGCUGGAAUCACGGUCGCUGUUUCUCUGUUAUCGUUACAUAUUACGACAUGGAAGGCGCAAUUGCCAGUCCUACCCUACCCUACGCGUUCACGCGUGCCUUCCUAUCCUAUCCUUCGCGAUCUCCAUCCGACACCGACAUCAUGCCGCCGCCUCGAGGCUCUCGCAUGCUAAGCGGUCUGGACCCCAACCACAACGUUAUCGACGACGCCGCUUAUGCUAGCGUUGAGCACCUGAUCGUGGACGACGAUCCGCCGAAGCCCACCACACGCGCGUCGCGCAAUGGUCGUUCAGCAGUGUCCUAUGACAUGAAGCGCAACCGCUCAAAAUCUGUGAGCUUCGCCGAUGAUAUGGAGAGCGACAUUGAGACUGAUCCUCCAACUUCAUCAGACACGAUCUCGGACAGCGACGGCCCUGACGAUGAGGCAGCUCCGGAGUCGAUCCCAAUUCGUGGCCCACCACCGGCGACGCGGAAGAAGGACUCUCGAGCCAGUCGCCACUCCUCGCGCAAGGCAGCACAGAAGUUUGUGGAUUAUGACAGCAAGUCGCAUCCUUCUGACUAUGGCAUCCCCGGUUACAAGCAUAGGGUGAAGUAUGAUCCUCCGAGGAACAGAAACGACUCGCCGCAAAAGUUUCAGAAACGCAGGCUUGCUUCACAGCAUCCCGAAGAUGAGGAAGAUGCGCUGCCACUGAAUCCACCACGCCGCCCUCGAAAGCAGUUGAAGUCUCUGGGAUCACAUGCCGUGAAGCCCACGACCGCCCAGCGGGGCAGAGGCAGGCCACGAAAGAAGCACAACCCCAGUGAUGAGAUCAAUGAGCUGGUUGAGCAAGCUAUCCGCGGCUCCCAGCGUGCGCCUCAUUCAAUCAGCAGUAUCGCAGAUUCUGAUGAGCUUGCGGAAGACAUUGCCUCAGCCUUUGGCAACGCCGGUGAGAUUGCACCUGAGGUGACCAACAGCAGCAACACGCUCGAUGUGUCUCCCGAGCAACAGGGCACGCCCGACAUCGCGUCUUCUCACAAGUUCCCCGAGUACAUCUACGAUCGUCAUGCUCAUAGGAAUGGCGCGGUGCCACUUACGACGGAUGCGGCGUAUGCUAUGCUACUGGAGGACUUCCGCAGUGAUCAAGAUGUGGAGCUGGUGAUUCACAAGCCAUAUAACUUUCCUGUUCACACCGCGGUGCAAAAUUCAGGCACCGGAGCUCGGAGCCAUGAGCACAGCGCUGAUAUGGUUGGCAGAGAUCAGGUAGCCGACAGCGAGGACGACAGCGAGGAAAGCUCCUCGCAGAGCCACUUUGCGGAGGAGCUCGCAAUCACUGAGGCUCGCGAAAGCAGUGGCUCUGACGACUCAGUGCUUCAGAAUCUACCACCGCUGUCGAGCGAAGAUCACGGUUCCCAAAGACCGGCCACUCCUGGUCACUGA